AUGCCGGUGUCACCACCUGUCCCAUCGCCGUCAUCUAGUAGUCUAAGCUUUAAAAGCAUCGAGCGAGAUGAAUGUCACAGUCGAGCUGACAAGACAAUGGACGAAUGGAGCGAUUGCCUCAAGAUGAUGCUUAAAUACAGUGAUCCACGUGAUGAUUUCCAAAAGACUUUGAAACGUUUCACUCAGGUGGAUGGCCAUGCAAAGAAUACCAAGCAGUCAUUAGAGAAAGCAAAUCAAGCAUUGGAUCAAUUAUUGGAAAAGAGACAAGGUAUCCUUGGCAGCAUCAAGACUUUGCAAGAGACCCAACGAAAAUUAGAGCUACAACAACAACACCCAAUUAUAAAGACAACAAUUGAUUCAUGA